GGCGGAGCCGGCGCCGGAGCGGCAGCUGGAGAGCCGGCAGUGGGACCCCAGCGCGGGAGGCGGCCGCAGGGCGGGAGCCCCAGAGGCCCCUCUGAGCAGCCCCCUCCUCCCUCAGGGCAGGAACCGGCCCGCCGGCUGGGAACCCGGCGUCCAGCAUCGCCGCGCCCGCCAAUGCGGCCGGGCCCCGGGAGAGCCAGGCCCGCUGCAUGCCCAUGUGGGCCGGCGGCGUGGGGAGCCCUCGGCGGGGCACGGCCCCGGCACCCACCGACGACCUCUUUGCCCGGAAGCUGCGCCAGCCGGCCCGGCCCCCGCUGACACCACACACCUUCGAGCCGAGGCCGGCCCGGGGCCCGCUCCUGCGCAGCGGCAGUGACGCGGGCGAGGCCCGGCCCCCCACGCCCGCCAGCCCUCGAGCCCGCGCCCACAGCCACGAGGAGGCCAGCCGCCCUGCCGCGGCCCCCACGCGGCUCUUCACUGACCCGCUGGCCCUGCUGGGGCUGCCGGCCGAGGAGCCAGAGCCCUCCUUCCCACCAGUGCCUGAGCCCCGCUGGUUCGCCCACUAUGACGUGCAGAGCCUGCUCUUUGACUGGGCCCCGAGGCCUCGGGGGGCGGGGGGCCACGCUGAGCCCGGCUCCGGGACCCUGGCCUCGGCCGCGGACCGGACUGCCAGCUCAGACCUGCUGCUGGAGGCGCCUGGCUUUGUGAGUGAGCUCGGGGGCGAGGGUGAGCUGGGCCUGGGCGGACCGGUGUCCCCGCCCGUGCCUCCCGCGCUGCCCAACGCGGCCGUGUCGGUCCUGGAGGAGCCACAGAACCGAACCUCAGCCUACAGCCUGGAGCACGCCGACCUGGGCGCCGGCUACUACCGCAAGUACUUUUACAACAAAGAACACCAGAACUUCUUCGGACUGGAUGAGGUGCUGGGCCCGGUGGCAGUGAGCCUGCGGCGGGAGGAGAAGGAGGGCAGCGGAGGGGGCACUCUGCACAGCUACCGUAUCAUCGUUCGGACCACGCAGCUCCGGACCCUCCGUGGCACCAUCUCGGAGGAGGUGCUGCCUCCAGGGCCCCCGAGGGGCCUGUCCCCGAGGAAGCUUCUGGAGCAUGUGGCGCCCAGGCUGAGUCCCACCUGCCUGCGCCUGGGCUCAGCCUCACCGAAGGUGCCACGCACCCUGCUCACGCUGGACGAGCAAGUGCUGAGCUUCCAGCGCAAGGUGGGCAUCCUGUACUGCCGGGCGGGCCAGGGCUCAGAAGAGGAGAUGUACAACAACCAGGAGGCAGGACCCGCCCUCAUGCAGUUCCUCACGCUGCUGGGCGACGUGGUGCGGCUCAAAGGCUUUGAGAGCUACCGGGCCCAGCUGGACACCAAAACGGACUCCACGGGCACGCACUCGCUGUACACCGUGUACCAGGACCACGAGAUCAUGUUCCACGUGUCCACGAUGCUGCCUUACACCCCCAAUAAUCAGCAGCAGCUCCUGCGGAAGCGCCACAUCGGCAACAACAUUGUGACCAUCGUGUUCCAGGAGCCAGGCAGCAAGCCCUUCUGCCCCACCACCAUCCGCUCACACUUUCAGCACGUGUUCCUGGUGGUGCGGGCACAGGCGCCCUGCACUGCGCACACCUCCUACAGGGUGGCCGUGAGCCGCACCCAGGACACCCCAGCCUUUGGUCCGGUUCUGCCCCUAGGUGGAGGCCCUUUCCCGGCCAAUGCCGACUUCCGGGCCUUCCUGCUGGCCAAGGCGCUCAAUGGCGAGCAGGCGGCGGGCCACGCACGCCAGUUCCACACCAUGGCCACGCGCACGCGCCAGCAGUACCUGCAGGACCUGGCCACCAACGAGGUGACCACCACGUCGCUGGACUCGGCUUCACGCUUCGGCCUGCCCUCCCUGGGCGUGCGGCGGCGGGCGUCCCCUCGGGGCGCGGGAGCCGAGCUGCAGGCGGCGGGCGCGCUGGUGUGGGGAGUGCGCGCGGCGCCCGGGGCGCGGGGCGCGGCCGGGGCCCAGGCAGGCGGCCCCGACCACCCCGAGGUGCCCUGCCUGCUGGGCAUCUCCGCCGAGGCGCUGGUGCUGGUGGUGCCACGCGACGGCCGGGUCGUCUUUAACUGCGCCUGUCGCGACGUGCUGGCCUGGACCUUCUCGGAGCAGCAGCUCGACCUGUACCACGGCCGCGGGGAGGCGAUCACCCUGCGGUUCGACGGCCCCCCGGAGCAGGCGGUGGGCGAGGUGGUGGCGCGCCUGCAGCUGGUGAGCCGCGGCUGCGAGACCCGCGAGCUGGCGCUGCCCCGCGACGGCCAGGGCCGCCUGGGCUUCGAAGUGGAUGCCGAGGGCUUCGUCACGCACGUGGAGCGCUUCACGUUCGCGGAGACGGCGGGGCUGCGGCCCGGGGCGCGCCUGCUGCGCGUGUGCGGCCAGACGCUGCCCAGCCUGGGCCCCGAGGCCGCGGCUCAGCGCCUGCGCUCCGCGCCCAAGGUCUGCAUCACCGUCCUGCCCCCGGAUGAGAGCGGCCGGCCCCGCAGGAGCUUCUCGGAGCUGUACAGGCUGUCCCUGCAGGAGCCCAGCCGGCGUGGGGCCCCAGAGCCGGCACAGGAAGAGGCCCCCGAGGUGGCCCUGAUGCCCUCCACGAAGCAGCUGCUGCACGUGUGCCUGAGCGAGGGCAGCGGUCCUCCGGGGCCUGGGGACCUAGCCGAGGAGCGGACUGAGUUCCUGCGCAGCCAGAACUCGCCAUCGCCCUGCAGCUCCCUGUCCGAUGAGGCCCCAGUCCUGCCCAACACCACCCCAGACCUCCUCCUGGCAACCACGGCCAAGCCGUCACCUCCUGGUGCUGGCAGGGAGACACCCCCCACCCAGGAGGGCCCAGCCAGCCCCAGUGGCGGUGAGGACAGAGGCGACCCGGCCCCAGAGAUGAGGGCCUCCUUCCUGCCACGAACCUUGUCUCUUCGAAACUCCAUCAGCAAAAUCAUGUCGGAGGCGGGCAUGGAGACUCUGGAAGACGAGUGGCAGUCCAUCUCGGAAAUCGCCUCCACUUGCAACACCAUCCUGGAGUCGCUGUCCCGGGAGGGUGAGUGCUGGGGGGAGGAGCCAGGAGGUGGCUCUUACUUCCUUUACCAAUCUGCUGUUCCUCUUUCCCCGCAGGACAGCCCAUCCCAGAGAGUGGAGAUACCAGGGGAGCCCCAAAAGCUGAUGCUGAGCCAGAACCCAGGAGCUUGUCAGAGAAGGUCUCUCACCUGGAGUCCCUGCUCAGGAAGCUGCAGGAGGACCUGCAGAAGGAGAAGGCAGACCGAGCAGCCCUGGAGGAGGAGGUUCGCAACCUGCGGAACAACAACCGCCUGCUCCUGGCCUCGCAGCAUCUGGGCUCACCUGCCACGGACUUGGCCUGAGCCGCUUGGUGCAGCCUUAGCCCGGCUGUGCACCUGCUCAGAACAGCCCAGGUCCUUCAGGGCCCGGGCCCCCUCAGGAACUCUCCCUGCGCAGAGGCGCGUCUUGGCACUGCCCCCACUCCCCAGCCCAUUACCGGUGGCGAAGUUUCCCCUGCCCCAUCCUGUGUGUAAAUAUUCUGUGAGAAAAGGGGACUUCAGGGAUUAAAGAAGCCACUGC